UAUUUCAAUUCUCAUACACCAACCAAAAAUCAUCCCUCUCUCUUGAUCUUCCUUCUCCAAUUCGAUAUUCAAUUUCCAGAAGAUGUCGAAGAUCACCCUGCGCAGCUCCGACGGCGAGAUGUUUGAGGUGGACGAGGUGGUGGCGCAGCAGUCGCAGACGAUCAAGCACAUGAUCGAGGAUGAUUGCGCCGACAACGCCAUCCCUCUCCCCAACGUCACCGGAAAAAUCCUCUCCAAAGUCAUCGAGUACUGCAAGCGCCACGUCGAUGCCGCCGCCGCCGCCGCCGCCGCUUCCGACUCCAAGGAAGACGACAAGCUUGCCUCCGCCGUCUCCAGAGAGGAACUCAAGGCUUUUGACACCGAUUUCGUCAACGUCGACCAAGCCACGCUUUUCGACCUUAUCUUGGCUGCUAAUUACUUGAAUAUCAACUCCCUUCUGGAUCUGACUUGCCAGACAGUUGCUGACAUGAUCAAGGGAAAAACCCCAGAGGAGAUCAGGAAGACAUUCAACAUCAAGAAUGAUUUCACACCGGAGGAGGAGGAAGAAGUCAGGCGAGAGAACCAGUGGGCUUUUGAAUAGAGCAAGUGCAUAUAGAAUUCUGAAGCUGCCAAUUAAAGCUUUAUUGGUGCAAAUAGUCUGUUAAUGCUGCUUUUCUAGGCUGUUUUUGGAUAUUUUUCUUGUUUCUUUAACUUUAUUUUCUGAAAGAUUGUUGGAUUUGCUCUUCAUAUCUAUAUAUUAUUUUGCCCUAUUUUUGGAUUUAAA